AUGAACAACAGAAAGGAGGACAUGGAGAUCUCGUCUCACUAUCGACAGCUCCUGCGGGAGUUGAACGAGCAGCGGCAGCACGGCAUCCUGUGUGACGCCUGUGUCAUCGUGGACGGAAAGAUCUUCAAGGCCCAUAAGAACGUCCUGCUGGGCUCCUCGCGCUACUUCAAGACCCUCUACUGCCAGGUGAAAAAAGGAUCUGAGCCUCCUCACCAGAUGACCGUCACUCACCUGGACAUCGUCACGGCAACAGGUUUCAAAGCCAUCUUAGACUUCAUGUACUCCGCGCACCUUGCCCUUACCAGUAAAAACGUCAUAGAGGUUAUGUCUGCAGCGAGUUACCUGCAGAUGACCGACAUUGUCCAAGCUUGUCACAGCUUCAUCAAAGCGGCUUUGGACAUCAGCAUCCGCUCCGAAAUGGCCGACGAGCUGGCGGACUUUGAGAUGGGGGCGGUGGCUGCGGCCGGGCUGGGAGGUGGUAUUUUAUCUGGAGCUGGGAGUGUAGUUGGGCCAGGACUUGGGGGAACUGGUGGAGCCAUAGUCGGGAUGGCAUCCGAAGCGUUAGCAUCAAUAAUGUCCGGACGCAGCACUUCUCCCUGGCUAGCUCGCCGCACAAGCCCUGCAAACUCAUCGGGGGAUUCGGCCAUCGCGAGUUGUCACGAAGGCGGAAGUACUUACGGAAAAGAGGACCAAGAGGCGCCCAAAAGCCAUGAGAGUCAAGAGGAGGCCUGCCAUGACUCGCAGCCCGCCUGGCCGCAUGACUAUAGGCCCGUCACUGUCAAAGAAGAACAAGUGUCCCCCGCGUCAUCUUCACACCCGCGAGACACGCAAAGAGGUGCUGCCCAAAGCCAGACGGAGCAAGGCGUGGGGCAAACGGGAAACGGAGAUGGACCUUGGCAACCGCUGGCGGGAUCGGGCAGAAGGAAGAACAGAAAGAACAAGGACACGGUCAGGCAUAUUACCCAACAGGCAGAGCAACACUGGGACAAAGAGCGGGACCGAGAGAGGGACAGUAGACCUGGGUCGCCUCUGCCCUCCAUACUGGCUGUGGCCGGAUGGAACUACAAUGGACAAGAAAUCCCAGGGGCAGACGUGACAGAACCAAACAGCUCAGACAGUCGGGGAGAGCGGCUCGACUUCUUCCUCAAGCAGGAGCCUCUGACCACAGAAUCCAGCUUCCUCGGCGUCAGCGAAUCAGAAGAGGGCGGAGCAGGAGCAAGGGGCGGGACCAUCUCAUCCGUGGCCAAUCUGAAGGCGGCGCUGAUGAGUAAGAACAGUCUGCUGUCGCUGCGUGCGGAGAUGCUGGGAGAGGACAGUCCACUGCUGUACGAGUACCUGCCCAAAGGAGGACACUCCCUCUCGUGUAAGUGA